AUCUUUAAAAAUCAAUAACUGCCGUGGUUGCCCGCAGAUAUCUGUACCUCGUCCAGAAUUGCCCGAAACUUUCUCCAACCUCCGAAGGACCAUUGUUUGGACUGUGUUGAAUCGCUCAAAACAACACUGUAUUCUACUAUUUAGAUCACGGUGUAAUCUUAGAUUCGUUAUAUUUGAACUUCAUUAUCAAACGACCUCUCUCCCAAUUUCGGGAGAGAGAGAAACACUGCAGUGAAGGCCAACGGCCGCGGCGGCCCGCGUUCUCCGAGUGGUUGUAAACACGUCGUAAACAUCCUUGCAAACCUCGUUGAUCAUUGCGUUUUACAAGGAAAACUGGAAUACUCCUCGGUUCAUUAAGACGCCGGAAGCCUUACAGGACAAAGACAGAAAAUGAACACGUUCCAGCCAGGAGCCGCGGUGGCACCAUGUUCCAAAGUCGAGCUCAGUAUUUCAUGCAAAAAUUUAAGAGACACAGACGUCAUGUCCAAGUCGGAUCCCAUGUGUGUCGUGCUGAUGUGCCGUGGCGGCAGCCAACAAUACUCAGAGAUCGGACGGACAGAAGUCAUCAAGAACACUCAGGAUCCCGACUUCGUCAAAAAGUUCACCGAGGACUACUACUUUGAAGAGAGCCAAAAGAUGAGAUUCGAGGUGUAUGAUAUCGACUCCAAGAGCCAAAGACUUGCGGACCACGAUUUCCUCGGUAGCAUGGACUGCACGCUGGGUGAAAUCGUUUCGGUUCAGGGCAGCAGGUUCACCAGACCUCUCACGAAUCCCAGUGGUGGCAAAAAACUGGGGAGCAUUACAGUGAUUGCUGAAGAAGUGAGCUCUUGUAGGGAAGUGGUGACAAUGCAGUGGUCAGCCAAGAAGUUGGACAAGAAAGAUUUCUGGGGAAAGUCGGAUCCCUUUUUGGUCUUCUUCAAGUCCAACGAAGAUGGGAGCUUCACGACGGUGCACAAGACCGAGGUGGUCAAGAACAAUCUGAGUCCCACGUGGCGGCCGUGCGUGAUCAAGAGCACCACGCUCUGCAGCGGGGACCCCGACCGGCCUCUGAAGGUGCAGUGCUACGACUGGGACAGCGACGGCAGCCACGACCUGAUAGGGGAGUUCUCCUGCACCCUGCGGACCCUGCAGAAGGGUCCCUGUGCUGAAAAUGUCUACCAGUGCAUCAAUCCAAAGAAGACGUCUAAGCAAGGCUACAAAAACUCUGGCACUGUGACACUGAUGAACUGUGCAGUGCAUGAGCAACCAACUUUUCUGGACUACAUCCAAAAAGGGACGCAGCUGCAUUUCACGGUGGCGGUGGACUUCACGGCGUCCAAUGGUGACCCCCGCACCCCCCAGUCCCUGCACUACAUGGGCCAGCAGGCCAACGUCUACACACUUGCCAUCCAGGCGGUGGGAGACAUCAUCCAGGACUACGACGCUGACAAGAUGUUCCCAGCGCUCGGCUUUGGCGCCCGCCUGCCGCCCACCGGCGAGGUGUCCCAUGAGUUUUUCCUGAACGGCAAUCCCAGCAGCCCAUACUGUUCCGGCGUGCAAGGGAUCUUGGAGGCCUACCAGCGGACACUGCACACGGUUCAGCUCUACGGACCCACCAACUUCUCUCCCGUCAUCAACCACGUGUCAAGGUUUGCCACAUCGUACCAGGACGGUCGGCACUACUUUGUGCUUCUCAUCAUCACGGACGGAGAGAUUACGGACAUGGCGCACACCAAGGACGCCAUAGUUCGCGCCUCUGUGCUCCCCAUGUCCAUCAUCAUUGUCGGCAUUGGUAACGCCGAUUUUGGCGCCAUGAAUGAGCUCGACGGUGACAACGUACGCAUCACCUCACAAGGCCGAGUUGCAGAACGGGACAUUGUUCAGUUUGUGGCAUUUCGCGAUUUCCUGGGCAACCAAAACCCAGUGGAGUCCAAGGCACGGCUUGCUAAGGAAGUGCUGGCGGAGGUGCCGAACCAGCUCGUGGCUUACAUGGAGAAGCGUGGUUUCCGACCUGGCAACCCCGUGUAACGGCCCGUGUUGUAGCAUUCACAGCCGUUCCCAUCUGACCGUGCAACCUGUCUGAAAAUUUUUUUUCUGGCAGGCACUGCCACAUGCAUUGUCAUUAAUGCUCUCUAAGAAUGGGUUGAAGUAGAGCCGCUAGACAAGCUAAGUUUUGAGUAUCGGCCCUUCGUUCCUCGAGUUUCCCGUGGGUGCCGCCAUUUUGUUGCCUAGUGUAGAUGGGGCGCGAUUGGUAAUAGUUACAAUUCGAAAAUAUGCUUUUAAUAACUGUAUGCGGGGUUCGGGAAGCUUGGACAAUAUAAUUUUGCUUCGUCACGAACUGUUUUAACAUUUCUGGAGGACGGAAGAGCGUUUCCUGCGUUCCCAGAUAGAACGUCGGAUUAACUGGCAACUGGUUCGAGCAACAAGAUGGCCGACGCGUCGUUACUGUGAAGCGUAGCUUAGUUAAUGGCUCUAGGUUGAAGAACUCUCCACCGACUCAUUGUUAUGUUUUGUCUUAGUACUUCACUUCUAGUCCCAUCUACAAAGGGGGACCAAUUGGCCUGUGUCAAAUAAGCCAAGCCACUCUCAGGGCAGAACAUGACUAGAGUAGAGAGAGAGUCUCGCAGUAGACCAUUCUCUGUAUUCUUGACAUAAAUUUUGUACGCUAUGUUUGCUCUCUCUGCGGUGUGAGCAAAGUAAUCCAUUGUUUGCUAUAAUUGUGCUACUAUGCGUGGCAUUUACCGGCUUAAUAUGUAGCAAUGCCAAAUGUACUGUAAAUAUGAUGUCGAAGAACCUGUCCGUAGCAAAGAUAUGAAUGUUGUGAAGGGUUGCAAAGUAUGGACAGAACGAGCGGGUUGGUAGGGAUAAUUAAACUUAUGGAAGAAAACGAGAAGGGACGGACAAACACAAAGGUUUGUCCGUCCCUUCUGGUUUUCUUCCUCGAGUUUAAUUUGCAAAGUAUGUUUAUGAAUAAUGUAUGAGUAUUUGAGGUGCUAAUAUAACAGAAAUUAUUUUCCAAAAAAAAAACUGUUUUUAUUAUAGGCAGGUUUUCUUUUAUUAAAAAUGACUCGCCAAAGCACUCCUGAUCACAACCUCUAACUUUGUUGCCACAAUCAACUGGAUGACAGAAAUCGGCGGCCCGUUCGAAAGAACCAGGCAUCAACGCUCGCUUCUCACCACAUUAGGUUUUGCAACAAGCUGUAAUGCAAGAGUGUAUAGGUAUUCAUUUAUCUUCUUCAAACUGUGCGUCAUCUCCACGGGCUGAAUCAAGAAACCCGGUUUAUUACCACGUGAGCACAUCAAUUACAAGAUGCUUUUUAUUUCUUCUACAUGUCUUAUUUUUGCAUUUGCACCCUCAAUUAAAAUCGCAAAAUUUAUUUUCCUAGUGCAAUUUGCGGUAUAACUGAUAUGAUUGCCGACAGGACUAGAACGGCAGGGAGGUCUUUCAGAUGUCCUGCUUCCAGCGUGAGCCUCCUGCCUUCGGUAAUGCUUGGGCAUCCAGUAAGCCUUGAGCGUGCACGCGCAGCCAAAGCACAGUGGAAGGCAAACGGCGCAGGCUGGAGGCCAGGCGUCAGAAAGAGAUGACCCGCUGCUCUCAUUCUGUCGGUUACUAUAUAGACAGAAAGCAUUGUUGACUGUAUGCUAACUGCUUCUUUGUUGCUGUUGAAUUGCAUUUCUUUUACCUAGACAUUGUAUGCAUAGCUGUCCCUGUUAUAGAGGGGCUUUUUGGUUGUGACGGUCUAAACGAUGGAUGUUUUUGGCGACAGUACGUCGCUCCGGAAAGAGGACACCCCUUUUGGUCAGUUCAUUUUUUUGCAGCAUUUGAAGGCCUCGGCGAUAAAAGUUUGUUUUUUACGACAAAGCACGGGGCUCUAGGUUCCUCGGUUGCAAAACAAUCGUAGUGUCACUCCUGAUGCACCUUUUACGAGGGACAAAACCAGUCUGCCUUUCUGAGGUGGCUCUUGGGUGCACUUUAUUUACAAACGGAAGAUGUCGAGGUGUUCCGGUAUUAAGUCCAGUGUCCUUUCCUGGCAGACGAGUGGGCCUCUGUCUCUUGCCAAACGCAGCAGUUACGAAAAAAAAAAAAAAAAAAGAUGUGUCUUUUUGUUGCUUUGGGCUCUAAAAGCGAUUAUAUGUGUGGGGCCCUCCUGUUCCUAUGUGCCCUUUGGUGGUAUUUGUUGUAAGUAACGUUUUGUGUUUUUGGUAUCUGCCAACAAGCAUAGAAAAAUAACCCCCCGGGGCAAGUUUUUAGCAAAAUUGGGGAAAACACAGAAUCUGGCGAAAAAAAACAAACCCAAAAAACAUCCUCAAAUUUAUCAUGAUUUUAACCCGAGACUGGGGCAGAAGGAGGAACUUUUCUUACAGUUGAAGGGCAACUAACAGGGACAGACAGUGUCUCUAACUCGGCUAAUAAUUUCAUACAACCAGCCCCCUUAUAUACAGAACUACAAUGGUUCUGAUUGUAGUUCUGUAUAUAAGGAGGUUGGUUGAAUAUAAUUAUUAGCUGAGUUAGAAGUGCUGCCUGUCCCUGUUACUUUCUCUUCAACUGCAAAAAAAUUUCCUCUGUCUGCCCUAGUUUCGGGUUAAAGUAAUCAUGGUAAACUUCUAUCAGCUCGCCUGCGCACUGACCGUAACUUUGUCCUCAAAUUAAUAAAAAAAUCCCCCUUUUUAAAAAAAAAAAGUAAGAAGCAAUAGCAACAUGAAAUUUUAGUUUUAUGAUGUUUUCAAGGCGUAGUGGCUGUAAGAUAUUGCAUCCUUCUGGCAUAAGAGCUGUGCACGGUACAAGGCAGAGGCUCACGUGUCUGGGAAAACGGCCCUUAUCAGCGGUUGCUAAGCUGUUUGAACCUUUGUUGUUUCUAGAUGUGCUCUUUGUUGUUUCUAGAUGUGCACGGUGCUUAACUUUAUAUGUGAUGUUGUGUUUUACGUAAUAUAUAUUGUCUGUUUCGAUCUGGAGGUAUUUUGGGGCAGUCUCCCUUGCAUUUUGUCUGGCCUGUUGCUUUUAUCGGUAAAUGUAAUUUGAGAAUAGUGUUUAACAUUUACCCCUAAAAGAAAAAAAAAAAUGCUCGUUCACUUUUCGCUUUUCUGCACAAGCAAGAAAGCGAGUUUUGCACAUAUAUGUGGUUUCUACACUGCACAAAGUUAUGCUUACAAAGUUUUGUUGCAAGAGAAAAGGAGUGUUUUUGCAUUUGGAAUGUGGUUCUUAAACUAAAAAUAACUGAUCAGCACAUCAAAGUAUCUUAAAUCGUCACACAAAGGUAGCAAUUAGAAAAGAAUUUUUACUGCAGUUUUUGACGUGAAAACGAAUAUAGGGCACUUGGCCAGCAGUGCUUAGGUGUGUGGAUUUUAUUAAUUUUUACACAAAAUAGAAACGAAUAUACAGGUGGCUAAUGUUUUCCUUAGCAACUUUCAGACAUAUAUUUUUUCAUAAAAAGAACAUAAAAGUGGUAGUGGGAACCACUUCAAGCGGAGCCGGAGCGUCUACUGAGAACUUGGAAAGAGUGAGGAAGACAGAGAGCUGCGAGCUGCUGAGCUAAUGCCACGUGGCAUCGGCCGAGCUCAGUCGAAAAAUUAAACGCUGAAAUUUAUAACACUGCCGGGUUGCGCAAGCUGCCAUCCGAUUCAAAGGGAUCGGCUACAUCCAUCUAUUGAUCAAAAACACAUUUUCAGGAUACCUGGGCUUUACUCUUCCCUGGCAUGCUAUUCAUUAUCUCUAAAUUAAAAAAAAAAAAAAAAGAAGCUAUUGAGAACGUGACAAGUGAAGGUUAUGACCAAACCAACAUUCAAACUUUCCCGCGCUCUCGAGUGGGGUGAUGUCACAUCCUGCCGAUCUUUCACAACACACGCAAGUGUAAGCGCAAGAAGUGGAAUGAUUUCGUUGAGAGUACGGGCAGCUUAACAGCUUCUUCCGCUUGCUGUGUGUACGUUUGUGUGUGUUACGAAAAAUUGGCGCGUCCGUAGUGUGGACAUAGCAAAACGGCAAAACUUGCAAGUCGAGGAAGCAUUCUAAAAAAAGGUAUUCUGCACCUUUAUCUUUUUUUUUUUUUUUUCGCUGGCGUGAGUUUUUUCAGCAUUCAUUUCACACCAUCAGUCUUCUUGUAGCCUGUCGGGAAUAAGCUGUACUGCCUCCAUAUUGCAACAUUUAACGUCACGUUUCCAGUGCAACCUCUCGGACCAUACUCAAAAUUCACUAACAUUGAAAGAAAAAACGGAUAUUGUGUUUUGUAAUUUGGAGUUUGAACCAGCCGUUUUGAACAAGCAUGACCCAACUUGCUCAGCUCUACAAGCCGUAAUAUGGGUGACGUGUUUCGCUGUGUGAAUUGAGGCAGACCGUGGUGACUAUCAAUCACCGGAGCUCCCAUUGAACUAAGUAGCCUCAGCCGACCCGAUUCGAAGGGUUCAUCCGCAUCCGCCUGACCAUUCGUGUGCUUCCCUCCUAGGCCGCUACAUAAAUGUGCACCACUGGUACGAGUAAUUGGUCAUUGAAAGUGGAAUCGGGUGUGCACAGUUACCUCUCUCUAGUAUGUCUCUCCUUCUCACCAUCUAUUAAAAAAGAUUGUAUUGGUUAUUUUAUUUUCAUAUAGUGUAUCAAUAGUUUAUUGUUUUUAAUUUUUUAGGGGGUGCGGGGUACGCAGCAGCAUAUGGGCUAAAAGGGCAGUCGAGGCACAGGAAAUUAAAAGGCCUGCAGUUUUUGUUUCCUCUUAUUUCGUUUACUUCACUUCAUUAUUACCAUAUAGCAUGCCAGGUUAUUGCGUCUUAGAUUUGGUUGUGUCCUCGCCAAAUUUGGCCUUUGUGGAUGCUUCUGAACACCCGUUUCAGUGGCUCAGCAUCUCGGUAAGACAAGAGAAAGUCGGCAGUGGCGGCUGUAAUCUGGCACCUGUCCAAAGCGUCUAUAACUCUAGACUACUGAGAUGAAUUAGCUACCUUAUAGUAAUGAAAAGGAAGAAAACCAUUACGAAUGCAUGGCAUAUGUUCUUGUCUGCAACUUGAUUCAGCAUUUCGGAGAAAACGCUCAAUUAGACAAAUAGGAUGAAUGCCGGAUGCCUGAAAAUGAUCCAGCACCACAACCGCUCGUGGCUCAAGCUCAUGUCUGUCAUACACUUGGGAAGUCAAAUCUUUUGGUACUGCAUGUAAUGGAUGCGCAUUGCUCUCGAACUUUCCAAUCGCUGACCAAAGCUUGCAGGCAUGUGCCUCUGUGUGUUCUUUAACCACGUUGCUGCUUUGUUGUUCCAUUUUCUGUGGAAAGAUAUAUUUGACGUCGUCUGUGCGACGGUCGGCUGCAAUGCCGAUUGAGUUUGUGUCAGAUCCUCCCAAUAAAGCAUAUAUGUUUUGUUA